AGAAAGGCUUGGGUUUGCCAGCACGGUGUGCUGACCGACAAGGUAUUCCUCUUAAGCGGGUCACAUGUGCUCUUGGCGUGACGACGACCCGUCUGGCCUCAGCAGCUUCUUGCAGUUCUCUAGCCUUGGCCACGAGGAGACUCGAUGCGGUGGUACUCCUUCGCUGUGUUCACGGCUUGCGCCAGCGGCACGCACGCCUCGAACUUGAUCUUUAUCCCUGCACCAGCAAGUAUUGCCGCUUGGUCACCAUAUGGCCGACUCUACGGCCGACGGUGGCAUACGCGCCCGCUGUCGGCCGACAGGCGCACGGACCGGCCGCAUGACAGACUCGUUUGGAACCUAGGCGUCGGACCGAGGAGAUCGUAUAAAGGCUGCGUUCGUAGAAGCAGGCUGAAGUCAGUGUAUCACGAUGGCGCAGCAGGGCUGGCAAAAGGUGACAAUAGCCAGCGCUCCCAAAGCCAAGAUCAAUGCGUUCCUCUCUGCCGCAGAAGAGGAGGCCGAUGCGCUCGUCGUCUUUCUCAACGGGUUGAUGUUGCCUGCCAGGGGCUGGCAGGCCGUCCUUGACGGUGUGACAGAUCGCGAGCGCUUCUCCACUCGGCGCCUUCACGCUCUGGCCUACGACCGCUUCGGCCAGGGCGAGUCAGACCCGGACCCAGAGGGAGGCCACACUGCAGACGUCGUCGUGCGCCAGCUCCGUGAGCUCCUUGAACAGGUCGCCCUGCCGGCCUUCUUUCCCGGCCGCUCGAGCAUUGAUGAAUGUCCGAUAAUCCUCGUCAGCAACUCCAUCGGGGGCGCCACAACGAGGCUGUACGCGGCUGCAUACCCACUUGCCAGGAUUGAGGCGGUGUUAUUCCUCGACAGCAUCAUCGCUUCGACCGACUUUGUCUCCAUCUUCAGCCCCGCCGUCGAGCCAGAGGAAGAGAGGGAAGACUUAGCCAAGGCGCGCGAGGUGGUCCAAAGGAUUUUCCACCCCAGCGUGCCCAACGCCGAAAAAUUCGACCGAACCACGCUUGCAGGCCUCUUGCCGCUCGACGACGGCCCGCCGUUGCCCUCGAAGCCGUUUGUGACGGUCGUCGGCCACGACUUUGAUGUUUUUGCGCGAGAUUCCGAAGAGAAACUUGGAACUCCGGUAGCAAUCACGGACAAGUACAUGAACAGGCGCUGGAACGAGUACAACGUCGGUCUUACGAAGCUCACGACGCCCGAUCGAGCCCGGGGACCCAUCAUCGCCCAGGGCGCAGACCACUUCAUUCAACGCGCACGGCCAGAUCUCGUCGUCGACGAGCUCGCCAAGCUGUGUGCGCGCAUCACUAGCCUCGCCUAGCCAUAGCUUAUGCUGAGGCCCCGUUGCUUGACAAAGUCGUGCCAGUCGACAGUGUGCCCUGUCUCGUCUGUGGUCUUCCAAAGCUCCCGGAUGGCCUCUACGUUGUUGCGCGUCAUGCGGCUGCCGAGAAGAAUUGAAUCAGUGUCUGUCCCA